AUGACCUUAAGAAAUCGUCGAGUGACUCAUACAACGACAUUAUCGAUUAUCGAAUUUCAGUUGGCGUCCAGCGUAAUAUCAUGCACAGGAAGUUCGGAUGUUAUAGAAACUGCCGCACGAUAUCACCUGAAACUAAGCAAAACGGAUCGAUAUAUUAUGACUGUGCUUCCACGAGUCACUGAAGUGGAUAAGUUCACCGAUCGUGUGAUUGCUCUGAUGGGAACAGAAGUCAUAUCACUGUCUGCAACUGAAAACGUCUCGGGAUCUUCCGUUUCCUCAAGGCUCGUCCCUGGCAACAAAAACGUGAAAUACUCAACUCUUCACUCAAACCUCCCACUCACCAGCUCCAGUUCUGACCGCCUUGACAUGGAUUCUACGGCCGGAGGAUUUUGUUCAGAGUUAAAGUUCACGUUGAAUUGUCGUGUCCUUCUAAGACGAGCAAUUGACCAAGUGAAAGGACUUGUUAAUGGACUCACCGGAGUUCUUGAAGAAAUCGAUGUGGUGACCGGACAAGUUCAAAAACUUGGAGUCAGAUUUGAUCGAUUACCUGAUGAAGUUAUUUGGAUUAGCCGAGUAACUGUCAUGUAUACUGACAAUCGACGAAGAAUGAGAAGCCGCACCCAGUUUCCUUUGGAACCAGCUGCCGCGGUUACUAUCUAUAAUGCUCAAGGUCUGACACUGGAUAAUGUAGAAUGCGCGUUGGAGAACUCCUGCCAGAAGACGUUUCUCAGUUGGCAUCAAGAGUCAUAUCAUGUACAGGAAAUUCAGAGGUCAUUGAAGAUGCAGCGAGAUAUCAUCUGGAACAAAGCAAAAAGGAUCCAUACAUGCCGGACAAGUUCAAAAACUCGGAGAUUUGACCGAUUACCCGAUGAAAUUAUUUGGGUCACCCGAGUGACUGUAAUGUACACGGACAAUCGACGGAGAAUGAAAAGUCGAACACAAUUCCCUUUGGAACCAGCUGCAGCAGUCACCAUCCAUAAAGCGCAAGGUCUCACUUUGGACAAUGUCAUUAUGAAAACAAGCUCCAUCUUUGCGAAUUCUCAAAUGUAUGUCGGCGCGUCUCGAGUGAAAACCAUGACGGGACUGCACCUAAUCGAUUUUGAUGCAACGAAAAUUUUGGUCGAUCAAGCCGCACUUGCAAAAUAUGAGAUGCUUCGUGCAUCUACGUUUCCGUGA